AAGUGAGUGUUUAGGGAUACUUUUUAAUGACUGCAAUGAUUAUUUCACAGUAGGAAUAGAAUCAUCGGUAAAACAGAAUUUAAAAAAUAAUUUACUACAUCCAUCCACUCAAUCAGAGCGUUAUUUACAGCCGAACGAUGGAUGUGAGAGUCAUGUGAAGCAUCAUGGGAUAGCGUGCGUGAGCAGAUGAGCUCUGAGCUGUGCUUGUGUGUGUGUCUCAGGUGUUAAACGAGGCGAUCGGCGCUCUGAUGUAUCACAGCAUCACACUGACGCGAGAAGAUCUGGAGAAGUUCAAAGCGCUCAGGAUCAUCAUCCGCAUCGGCAGCGGAUACGACAACAUCGACAUUAAAGCAGCCGGAGAGCUGGGGAUCGCGGUGUGUAACAUCCCGUCGGCGGCGGUGGAGGAGACGGCUGACUCGACGCUGUGUCACGUGUUGAAUCUGUACCGCAGGAACACGUGGCUGUAUCAGGCGCUGCGGGAGGGCACGCGUGUUCAGAGCGUGGAGCAGAUCCGGGAAGUGGCAUCCGGAGCCGCACGCAUCCGCGGAGAAACGCUCGGACUCAUCGGCUUCGGUGAGAGACGACAGGCUCAGACUGAUCACUGUGCCUUCAGUCAAAACCAGUAUUUACUGAAUCAUGGUAACAAGGGUUGA